AUGGUUGUUGUUAUCGAUGGUAUGGUCAUGGGGAAUUCCCCCGAAGGUGAGAUUCUUAACGCAGCAAUGAACUAUAAUAAGUUAAUUAAUGUGUAUCAAAACUUGAGGUUGGAUCACCUUGCUAAAGGAGAUGUCUAUGAAAGUGAUGAUAAUGUUAGGAAUUUUAUAUCAUUUGGGAUCAGAAGGUUCAUGUACUUCAUUGAUGCCUUGAUGAACGAUGAAAGCGCCAAUCCAAAUUCUAUGACCUUUCCAAUUGAUAUAUUAUUUGCUUGGAAUGUGUUCUUAUUAAACCCAAAGGCUUACAACACAUUCUUGAAAUCUCAUGGUUUCGAAAAGUUUUUGAUGGUUCCAUUCCCAUUGAAUAACUUGGCAAGAUUUAUGACCCAAGAUUUAAACUAUUAUCCAAGUCAAGGAGUUUAUGAGUUCGAAGGAUUCAUGAAUAAGUAUUACACUGAAAAAAAGUUAGGCAGAUUUGCUUUCACUGAGACUGAAUUCGAUCAAACUAUAGUCUUUUGUCCUUCAUGUUCGGAAUUUUUCUAUACCCAAUUCAACGAUGUUUGUAUUCCCAAAUUUAGUGUAAGCGAAAAAUGUGGAUGUGGGUACGAAGUUAAUCAUGCAAAUUUAAGGUGGGUGAAAUUGAAGUCUGAUUGUGAGAGUGGGUUCUUAAGUUCUAACAAUUUUUCCGAUGUUAAUGCAACUAAUAUAGCAAACAUCAAAAAGUUGGUAUUGGACAGCCCAAUCCAAGAUAUAAAUACUUUUAUCAGUAGCAAUAAGUCAAUGUUGAGCACAUCAGAAAUCAGUAUACUUGUGGCUUACCUGAAGUUUAAUCCUCACCAAUUAAUCCCAGGGUUCGCCAUAAUGGAAGACUUGAUUCCUUCCGCCUUUAGAUACACUAGAUUUUGUGAUAAAUUCUUCGAAUUGGAAUUAAUCGCCAAUCCUUUUGCUACUAUGACAUACAUGAAAGCUCAACAGAAAUAUUUCAAAUUCACUCAAUUGUUUGGUAGAGAUGUUGUUCCUACUUUAGAGGUGGAAUUCAUUUGGCAAGUUUACAAACUCAACCAUUAUCAAUAUAUUCGUAAUGGUAUUUAUGAUUAUGAUGUCAUGGAUGGUAACAAGUUAAUCGAUUGUUUUAAAAACACUUGCAGUUUGUAUAAAGCCAGAUUUUCAGAAGAUUUCAGCGAAUGUCCUUGUAAAAUAUGUUCCACCACAAGAACUAAGUCUUCCAGUUUGAAGAGCAAAUUCAAGAUGACCAAACUUUUGAAAAUCCCUGGAACUCAAGAAAUCAUUGCCACCCCCCGAGAUGCCGAGAGGUACUCCAAUUCUCACAUAGAUUUCCAGAAAAGUGUCAAAUACAACACAACCCAAUUAUUAGGUUAUGAAUGGGAAGGAGACCUUAACCAAUUUCCUCCAACCUUAAAUCCAGUUAUCAAGAUGGGCUAG